AUGGCAGCUGUCGCCCCACAAGUACUUCCUACCACAGCGAAGCGAGACUUUACCUCGUUCUACAAUGAGUGCAACUCUGCUCCCCGCAUAAACCAACUUCUCAACUGGUUCGAAUCCACUGCCCGGGGUCAGACCGGGCGGACAAUAAAGAACCCAGAAGUCGACAAAAGAUUGUUCGACAAAGCAUUGCUGGAGCAAAAUGGCGAGCGAUUCGCUCAGUUCCUGGAGGUCUUUAAUACCAUAAAGCAAUCUUCGCUUUUUGUGAACCACUAUUAUGCCAGUAUUCCCUAUCGGAUUGAGGAAAACUGCCGGCUUGGAAAUGCAAUUAUUCACUACAGCCAGCAACUGCCUAGCCGUCCACUUUUGUAUCGCUCUGUCGGUACCGGUGACAGUAGCAUGGCACGCUCUGUCGCCGAAUUUGCUGAAGGGAGCGUGGAAGUCCUCUGCUGCAGCCCUAAUGAGAUGAGCGCACUCAAUUUUGCGAUUAACGGAGAUCCGCCCCGCGCCACCUUCUUCCAUGGGCCUUUCCACCGCCUGACAGACGAAGUGAUGAAUUCUCGCGAUGACCUUGCCAAGUUUGCUUCCGGAUUCGACAUCAUUGUCGAAGAUACGACGUUUCAGAUGUACUCGCCAAACCGCGACGAACAAGUUGGGUUUGUGGUCCAGUCUCUGAAGGAGGACGGUAUCUUCGUUUUCGUCGAGAAGUUUCGACAUGCAGACAUAGACGAAUAUGAGCGGCGUGAGUUACAGAAGGAUUACGGAUUUAAAGCGCGGUACUUCAGUAGUAGUGAGGUCGCAGCGAAAGGAAAGGACGUUCUUGUUACUAUGAGUCAAAACCAGGUCACACUUGACGAUAUGGCGGCUAUCCUCCAUCGAUACUUCCGGCAUUGCUCGAUUACUUGGAACAGCGGCAACUUCUACACUCUUGUGGCUAGCAACAACCAGGUGAAUCUUGAUCGUUUUGUUGCUUGCCUGGGUGCACCGGCCAUCCCCAAGAAGUUUGAAUACGAAGAUAAUCUGCCUCGGUCACUUUUCUGA